AGAUGGGAAGUGUACAUCCCCGGGUCUUCCGGGUUGGACUUCCUUCAGCGGUUGAAGUUGCUUUGGAGGUGUGAUGGCUGAGGAUCAAGGGCUGCCGCUCCGGGUCUCGGAGAUCAAGGACCCGGGCGUUCUCUUCGAGCGCUAUAACACUGAGCAGAUCCGCCACAUCGAACGCAAAGUCCGCGGCGAGAUCGAGCAGAAGAAGGAGGAGCUGAGGCAGAUGGUGGGGGAGCGCUAUCGGGACCUGAUCGACGCCGCUGACACCAUCGGAGAGAUGAGGCAGUGCUCGGAGAGUGUCGUCCAGUCCAUCCAGGACAUGCACCAGUACUGCCACAGGCUGAAACAAGGCAAAGCCAGCGCGGCUAGCAGCAGACAGGAGAGCCAGAGGCAGUGGCAGGAGAAGUUCUACACCAUGGCCUCCCAGAUCAAGCUCCUCCUGGAGAUCCCAGAACGCAUCUGGAGCGCCAUGGAGGCGUCCCACUACCUCCAGGCCACGCAGCUCUACCUGCUGUGCUGCCAUCUCCACAGUCUGCUGCAGCUGGACACCACUACAAGUGGUCACUACAGCCCCGUGCUGGCCCGCUUUCCUAUCCUGGUCCGACAGGUUGCCACCACUGGACAUUUCAGAUCCACCAUUCUCCUGGACAGCAGGUCUCUACUUCGGGGCCGGGCGGUGUCGGACCAGGCCAUCGCAGAGGCUUUGGUGUCCACCAUGCUGCUGGAGGACAGCUCGCCACGCCAGGCCCUGGCUGACUUCCUACUGGCCCGAAAGGCCUCUAUUCAUCUGCUCCUCAACCAGCCACAGCAUGGUGCGGGGAUCAAGGCUCAGGUGUGCAGCCUGGUGGAACUGCUGGUCACCACUCUGUUCCAGGCUUACGCCGUCUUCUACCUGCCCCCAGAGGGAGGCCCCAGGCCGGUGGAGGGAGUCCUGAGCUGUGGCAUGCUCUUCUCUAUCCUGGAGAAUGUCACUUCCACCACGCCAGCAGGUAAAGGAAAGAGGGUGUUGCAGGAAGAGACGAGUACUGGCAGCUGGUUCAAGUACCUUCCUCCAUCCAUCACCGAGUUCCAGCCCACCCUUCGCACCCUGGCUCAGCCGAUCCAGACAGAGCAGCUGCGGGACACAUUACAGCAGUGGAUUGACACCUGUAAGGAGGACAUCUGCCACGGCGUAGGGAGCCUUCUGGUCUAUGUGAAGAGCCUGAAGGGGUUGGCAGCCAUUAGAGACGCCGUGUGGGACCUCCUGUCUACUGACUCCAUCAGUCAGCAUUGGAGCACUGUGUGCCAGCGGCUGCUGGAGCACCCGCUGGCUGUCUGGGAUGACUUCCUGCAGCAGCUCUUCCUUCAGCGCCUGCAGGCCAUCACCAAAGAAGAAACUGAAGCCAUCUCGAUGAGCUCCGUCCAGCUUCUCACCUCAGCUGUGAGGGAUCUGGAGGGCCAGACCAACCAAACCAACCCUGUUUCAGGCCGCGGAGCCCAGUACGAGGUAGAUGUGGCCUCCUUCCUGUGGUCUGAGUCUCCGGGGGAUCUUCUGAGCGAUGCAGGGUGGGUCAGCGUCUCCCAGCGGGGGCAGCAGCACCAGAGGAGUAGCCUGGCCAUGAAGACCCAGGCCCUGACUCCCUGUGUUCAAAACUUCUGCUCCUCCUUGGAUGCAAAGCUAAAGGCCAGGCUGGACGAUCUUCAGUACUACCUUCCCUCACAGGACACAGGGUCUUCCUCCAUCUCAGUCAACUCCUCUGGUCCCACCGAGGGCUCGUCAGCAUCCUCUUUUAACCGCUUCACAGACUCACCAGCAGUCGAGGAGGCUUUACGGAAAGGCUGCCUGGCCUGCGUCCGCCACAUCCUGUCCGCCAUCCGCUCUGAACUGGCUGUAGCCUCACCGGACCCCAGCCCAGCCCGCCUCAGUUCUGUCCUUUUCGUGGCCAGGCUGUGCCAGUCCAUGGCUGAACUCUGUCCCAACCUGAAGCACUGCAUUUUGGGCAAGCAGAGCAGAUCAGAGGCCACAGCUAAAGGAACCCCCAGACAGAGCAAGAAGCUGGGAAAAGCCCGGGCCACCACAGAGGUCAGCCCUGCGCAGGCCAGUUGGACAGGUCUGAAGGAGGAGCUUCUCGACUGCAGCAUGGAGGCAUACCGCAUCUGGAGCUCCGCCCUCUCCAAAGUGCUGCUGGAUAAGUUUGGCACGGCGCUGCAUGCUGAACCUGCUGGUGCCAUCCUGACAACGGCAACAAACUGGGAGGAUCUGGAGAUCCAGGAAGAAGCAGAGUCCGGGAGCAACGUCACAUCCAAAAUCCGUCUUCCAGUCCAGCCAUCUUGGUUUGUUCAGACGUUGCUCUUCCAGCUGUGCGUGGAGGUGAACAGGGUGGGGGGCCACGCUCUGCCCCGGCCCACCCUGCAGGAGCUGCUGCAGGCCUGUCUGGCUCAGGCCCUUCAACACUACCACACACUCACACAGCAGGCUUGCAGCAGGGAGGGGGUAUUCCCCAUGACUCAGAACAGAGCCUUGCAGCUGUUGUUUGACCUUCGUUACCUCAACACCACACUGGGCAGCAGACUGGAGGAAGGCAAGAGCUCCCGAUCCCACCAAGACCCCAGAUUCCAUGGGGUCUGUGAUUGGCUGGAGAGCUACAUUGACCCAUUUGACCUGGACGUGUUCACACCUCUGCUGAACUCUAACCUUAACCGUCUGUCCCAGAGGACCUCGGUGCUGCUUGGGCUUCUGACAGGCUCAGAGAAGCAGUUCACCUCACGGAGCAGCAGUGUGAACUCCCAAGAGCCUUACAACAUCCUGCCACUGGCCAGCAGCCAGAUCAGGUUCGGGUUGCUGCCUCUCAGCAUGUCGAAUGUGCGUAAGUCCAAGUCAGCCUCCAGGAGCUCUGAUGCUGCCCAUCAGCUGGCCCCUCCAUCCUCCAAAGCAGACAGCGCAGACAGCUUGCGGCCGGGCAGCCUGUUCAGACAGCUCGCUGAUCAGGACGAAGACACAGCUGCCCCUUCUUUAUUCAAACUUAGCUGGCUGUCUGGCAUGGCCAAAUAACCCUUUGUUGCUCAAGACUUUUUAUUUGCCUUUGCAGAAACUUUGGAAAAAUGAUAUGUAUAGUAAAUAUAAUUUUGUCUUUUGAG